GUAUCCUGAUUACUGUUAACUGAGGCUAUAUAACUAAUACUACCUUGCAACUCUACAUUCGGCACAAGUUCCAUUCUCCAUAUCGGGUUUUUGGUUAAUUUGUCGCUUAUUAUAUUUAAGCGCCGUUUAAAAUUUAUUCACAAAUAAUGGAGAAAAUACUAAUCGAGCCCCGGGACGGUUCCGUAGUGUCAUGUUUGUCUAACCUUCUUGAAACGAGUGCUGAAGAGGCACUUGCUAGCGGUGAUACAUUUAAAGUUGGAUUAUCAGGGGGGUCUGUGGUUUCCUUAUUAGCACAAAGUUUACCUAAUAUAUUAACUGAUUGGAGCAAAUGGUAUUUUUUCUUCUGUGAUGAAAGAGUUGUUCCAUUUGAUAGUAAUGACUCCACUUACGGAGAAUAUAAAUCAAAAUUGAUUGGAAAAAUACCAGUAACUGAAGAACAAUUUAUAAAAAUUAAUCCCGAUUUAUCUGCUGAAGAUGCUGCAAAAGAUUAUAUUAAGAAGAUGUCCGUAUUUUUCCCUCCUGAUCGUGUACCAUGUUUUGACGUGCUGCUUUUGGGAUUAGGUCCAGAUGGGCAUACAUGUUCACUCUUUCCUGAUCAUAAACUUUUGAAUGAAGGAAGUCUAUGGGUUUGUCCUAUCAAUGAUUCUCCUAAACCACCUCCAUCUCGUAUUACUCUUACUCUUCCUGUAAUAAAUAAUGCAAAACUAUGCAUAUUUGCUGUUGUUGGAUCUAGCAAAGCAGAAAUUGUGAAGAAAAUUUUGCAAGAUAAAGAAAAUUUGCCAGCUGCUCGUGUACAACCGCACAGUGGAGAAUUAUAUUGGAUCUUAGAUGAAGCUGCAGCAAAAUUAUUACAAACAGCCUAAAUAACUUAUUCCAUUGCAUUUGACUAUAACAUUCUAUGUUAAUAUCUUGUUCUGAUGCUCAACAAAUAUCUCAGGCAUACUUUUGUAUACAUAUGUGUGCAUCUUACUUAAAAUGUCUAA